ACGGUGCUGGAAGGAGAUGGCGAGGUGGAAUGAGAAAACCUCUGAACAAGCCAUCUUCUUGCCUUGAAUGAAUGGCUGGAGCGGAACAAUGUUGGCAGAGACUGCAUGCAAUGCAAUGAUCUUGACGUCCUGUCCUUCGUUAGCAGCCAAUGGCUUGUUGAAGUGGAGAGCCGAUGCCGGACUUCGGAUGCCGCAGCUUUGCCACUUGUUUCUCCUUCGACAGUUGAUGCUGCACUGAAUUGCUUGAGCGCCUGCUUUCGCCUCCUUGGAAGGGACGGAGAAGGAGAUCCAUGUCAGAGCAGCCGGGUACGAUCUUUCCGGAAAGCGUAUAGGGAGUACUCGUUGCAGAGGGGGGUGGUUGAAGAAUCUGCAGUGGCAUUGACAUGGAUGAAACUGGAGAGGGUUAUGAGGUUUAUUAGGGAUAAGGUGAAAGUGUUGAAGGGUCAUCACGAAGCUCAGGCACAUCGGGAUGGCGGUGCGUUCCUGUAUUUAUGGGAGAGUUGGCAGCGAUGCGGGGAGGGAUUACGUCUGCAGUACAAGGAAAUAGAUUUAGAGAAGAAGAUCGUGCGUCCUGGUUAUACAAAGACAGAUCGUCAUGGUGGGAGAUUCAUGAUAAGGUUACGAGAUGCGGGGGGUGAGGAGGAGACAUUCUUGGGAUGGCUUCCAGAAAUGGUAAGUAGCUACGAGCAGGUGGGACAGGACAUAAAGCAGGGAUUCUUGUUUCGUCCGAUGUGGGGAAGUGGUGCCAUGAGUGGUGGUGCUUUUAAUAAACGAAUCGAGAAGUGGUAUGUUGAGGCGGGGGUGUUUGCAGGGGAGAGUGGGCAUAGCUUUCGAAUAGGCGGAGUUCAGGCAGGCAUAGAGGAGGGUUGGAGUCUUUGUGAGAUGAUGCGGCAGGGGACGUGGAGUAGUGUUGGGACGUUUAUGAGGUAUGGUUAUGGAAUGCGGCGAGGAUGGAAGAGGCGGCGGGUCGGAGAAUCAAGUGCGAAAGAAGAUGGCUGUGAGGCCGAGGACAGCGGGGUUGAGGGUGUUGAGGUUGACCCUGGGGCUAGGGAGGCAAGAGAAUUUGGAGUCGGGGAUAGUGAAGCGGCGGGAGAUAGAGAGGGAGAGGAUACGGGGGUACCAUGAGGUACGCUGAGAUGAGGGGAGGAUGAGAAGGUAAGAUGCUGGACAUGAUAUGGCUCUGGUGAGA